CGUCGCUGAUCCGUCCGCCAUUGCCUCCCGUCAGCGUCCCCGUCCCGCCCGCCCUCCCGGUCGCCAGCAUGUCCACCGUGGUUCCCGCGCCGGAGGAGGAGGAGGACAAGCCCGUCCAAACAACUCCCCAGGCCGACCCCCAACCACCCAGCAAGAAGGAAGACAGCGAAGAGGAGGAAGAGGAUGACGAGGAAGAGGAGGAGGAGGAGGAAGAAAAAGAAAAGAGUCUCAUCGUGGAAGGCAAGAGGGAAAAGAAAAAAGUGGAGCGGUUGACGAUGCAAGUGUCAUCUUUGCAGAGGGAACCGUUUACAAUUGCACAAGGCAAGGGGCAGAAACUCUGUGAAAUUGAAAGAAUACACUUCUUUUUGAGUAAGAAGAAAACGGAUGAACUUCGAAAUCUGCACAAACUCCUCUACAACCGACCAGGCACAGUGGCCUCGCUAAAGAAGAAUGUGGGACAGUUUAGUGGCUUUCCAUUCGAAAAAGGAAGUGAUCAAUAUAAAAAGAAGGAAGAAAUGUUGAAAAAGUUUCGAAAUGCCAUGCUGAAGAACAUCUGUGAAGUUCUUGACCUGGAGAGAUCAGGCAUCAACAGCGAGCUGGUGACCAGAAUCUUGAAUUUCCUAAUGCACCCAAAGCCAUCGGGCAAGCCUUUGCCGAAGUCCAAAAAAACCCCCAGCAAGGGGAGCAAAAAGGAACGGAGCAGCUCGGGAACAGCGAGGAGGGCCAGACGGACCAAGUACCCUGAGAUUCUGUCGGACGAAUCAAGCAGUGAGGAGGAUGAGAAGAAGGAGAAGGACGAGUCUUCCGAAGAGGAGGAUAAAGAAAGCGAAGAGGAGCCACCUAAAAGGACAUCUAGAAAGGAAAAGGCAAAACCAAAAACUCCUAAAAACAAAAAAGCUGUCAGGAGUGCCAAUGUCAAGAAAGCGGACAGCAGCACUACAAAAAAGAACCAGAACAAUUCCAAAAAAGAUUUAGAAAGUGAGUCUGAAGACAGUUCCGAUGAUGAGCCUUUAAUUAAAAAACUGAAGAAACCCCCAACAGAUGAAGAGCUGAAAGAGACUGUGAAGAAGCUACUGGCCAAUGCUAAUUUGGAGGAAGUUACCAUGAAACAGAUUUGCAAGGAGGUGUAUGAAAAGUAUCCGGCUUACGAUUUGUCUGACAGAAAGGACUUUAUCAAAAAGACUGUUAAAGAGUUAAUUUCCUGAGGCAGAAGAGGUUUAGAGACUGCUGAUUCGGCGUGCUCACGUGGGAGUCUGAGAUCUGAUAUACACCAGCAAUAAGAAUGUAUUUCCUUUUCUAAAUCCUUAUUGGAGUAAUAUUAAGCAGACCUGACUGCUGACUGUCUCCUGAGUGUUCUGUAUAUUUUUGUUUUCUCCUUUUAAAUUGCAUCUUUAUGCAGUUUUAUUAGUUGAAUUUUUUUUUUUUUUGGCAUGGCAAUGGAUGUCCCCUGCUUUUUUAUAGUUGUGUAUUUUGUACAUUUUGGAUUUCUUUCUAUAACGUCAUAGAUCUUCAAACCAGUGUAGCUUUUAGUGUGCGUAAGCCUGCUUAUGAAUCCUUUUAAUAAUCAAGUAGAACAAAAGCUGUCAAUUCUCAGCAUGUGCACAUGAAGAGAUCACUGGACGAUUGCAGUAUUUGGUAUAUAAAAUAUUUUGAAUACACGUCCAACUCUGAAACUCCCCGACCCGGCUUUACGCCGGCGUGUUCACGGUAUUUGGAAUAUGCAUUCCAAGUGCUACGGAUGGCCAGGCCAGGUUCCUAAAUCCGAACUCUCAAUUCUGCAUGUGCCCCGUGAGACUUUUCAGAGCAUGAGAAACUAAUCGGCAUAGAUGUUAUUUUUGUACUUUUAAAAUUUCGUUGUAUAUAUUAAAUUUUCAUAUUUCUUUUUGUCAAACCAACUUUUUAAUCUAGUUCCCUUUAGACUUCUAACGUACAAUGUCAGUGUUCAGCCAGUUGGCCCCGUUGGGAAAGCGGAAGAAGCAGCGCGGCGAAAACAGUCACAUCCUUCACUCUCCCCCCCUCCCCGUUUUGCCGUGGGAGCGUAAUUAUAUCCGCCCGCAGCGGGCUCCGUCGAAACGCGGCCGCAGAUGGGGUCCGGUCCGGGGGGGCCACGGCAUAAUGUCUGCAGGUGCUGUGGGGUGGGCUUGGGGCGGCAGCAGAAGAGCCUCAUCUCCACUUCCCGCGUCCUUCUGCACACCGAACGUCAUAAAUAAAUGUUCAAAGGACGACGAGCGGGUCCCGUCGGACGGUGAGAGAUGAUGCCUUCUCAGCCGGCUUUACGCCACGUCCCGCCUGGAUGCUUCAAGUCAAGCAGCCCGUUUCGGGGGUCUCCGGUGAUCCCCACCGACCGUUCCGGGCCCCAAAUCAACCCAUCCCCUCCCUCACCUGAGUGGGCUGCAUCCUCAAAUCAGUGUGUCAUCGCGUCGGUUCUGGCGGUAACUCCCCUCUCCGUUUGCAUUAAAAGUAUUGCUCAAGAGCUAAGAA